AUGGCGGCAGGGAAUUCUUCGAUGGCCGGCACGGACAGCACGGGGCUGGGGCCGUGGCGCGAGCUCUUCCGGGGCCGCGACAUCUACGACGUGAUCGGCAAAGCCGUCCUCGUCGCCGCGACCGACUCGCCGCAGGAGUUCCGGCGCCGGCGCGACGGCAUCGUGGAGCAGAUCUACACGGCGCCGGCGGCCAUCGUCCCGACCCUGCAGGGGAGGUCCGCGGGCGAGGUCAGCGGCGGCACCGCGCUGCAGGUGUCAGAUAAGGGAAGCAAAGUGGCGAGCUGCACGGUCGUAGCGCCUCCGGAGGAGCCUGAGGACAAGAAUCACGAAGAGGGCAUGGCUGAUCAGAACGGUAAUGGCCACGGUGACAAUGCCAAUGCCUCCAGCGAGCUUGAGAUGGACUGGCUGCAGACGCUCGCUGAUGAGGUGGACGAAGAAACCCAGGAGAUCGACGAGGUUCUACGCAUCAAGGAAAUCCUCCUGAAUCACCAUGAGCAGUCUGCCAGCAUCUUGUUCGAUUCACUGAGAAGGCUGCAGUUGAUGCAGCUCACUGCGGAUAAAAUCAAGAGUACUGAGAUUGGGGAUGCUGUUGCUGCACUGAGCAAGCACAAGUUACAUAAAAUCAGGACGCUUGUGCGUGAAAUCAUCAAGGGCUGGAAAGCUGUGCUCGAUGAAUGGAUUGCUGCUACAAAGGCUACAGAGGAUGGUGAUCCAAAUAAAUCUCUGGAUAUAUCAAAUCCAUUGGCCGCUGAAGAUGAAGGGCUUGCUAUUCCACCCAUGGACGUUGGAGCAUUAUUUCUUGUCAGCCACGCUACUGCAAUGCAAAAUGUCUCUGAGUUCCUCCAAGGCAUGGAUGACGAUGGGAUAGUGACCAACGUGGGCAUGGACAAAGGUGGCAACUAUGGGAGCAACAGCAAACAUUAUGGUGCGAAGCCAUCAAACACUGUGCCACGGAGCAAAGAUCCGAUUAUAGUACAAACCUUACCAGUGACACAAGGGUCACCACUUGACAAAAGGAAUCCACAGAAGCUACCAGCAAGACAAGGGACACCAUCGAAGAACACAAACCCACCACAGAAGCUGCUCGAUGCUGCUGGAAAUUCGUUAAUGAGGCAACAAGGCUGCUAUAAUGAGAUGUUCAAUUAUAUAGUUGAAGCUUUACUGACGGUUUACUCUAUGCUUACUUGGCUCAAGAAAAUGGGGGUGCCGACAGAAUCAUCUGUAGGAUCCAAGGUGGGGACAGAGAAGAAGAAGGCCCAAUUAACUUAUAUGAAUCUAGAUGAGACGAAGCGCAAGCUUCGUGGAGCUUACCAGGAAGCAGAAAAUGGUGAGUCCCUUCUCACUUAUAACCGUUCUUGUUAUUGCCUGUGA